AUGUCUGAUAGCAUCAUAGAGACGUCGUCCCAUAGCCGAACACCAUCAAAGGUUGAUGACACUACCAUUAAGGGGGAUGCAACACCAAAGGAUACUGAGGGAGUCGUCACCCGCCGGAAAGCUGCAGCUCUGGCUGCUGCUGCAGUAGUUAUAGAGAGUUCCUCGGGGAGUGGUACUGGCAAAGAUGACGCUGUUUCUGUGGAGGAUGGCAGUGUUGGUCCUUCGACAGAUGCUGAGAAUGCUGUAAUACCCAGCAUCAAAGAGCAACAGCCUGUGAAAGAAGCUGCUGUAGCCGCAGCGGCAGCCUUAUUAGGGAGUAGCGGGAAGGAUGGUAACCAAGGGAAUGAGGCAGAGGAUGAUGCUGCCAAAGCUCUCGGACUGGACCCAAGCCCACCAGCCACCGUCCUACCAGCGUCGGCCCAACCCUUCCUUGCUGACAUCCCUGUAGAGAAGCCUAGUGCUUCGGAGAUCAGACGGAACCUUACUCCUAGAGAGGCACGGCAAUUAGCAGAGCUACAAUACCAUGAGCAGCUACGGGCAUAUCAGAGAUGGGUAGCAGCUGUGGCUGAUGCUAUGAGGGAGAGGGCUACUGCAACAGCAACAACAACAACAACAACAGCUGCUGCAUCAAUCCUAGAACAACAGAAAGGUGAGAUGGAGGACCAUGAUGGUGAGGAUGAUAACGCCGAGCAUAAGGUGCAUGAAGAGGCAUUCGAAGGAGACAGCAAGAGGUCACAUGCCGUGGUGGUAGGUGAUGGUGAAACAACUGUAUCGCCAGCUAGGAAGGCUCCUAAGACCAGUGCCACAGUUAGUGUUCCACGACCGGACCAGGCAAAGGAAGGUCUCACUGAGUCCCCAUCAACCAUGCUGGACUCGGCAAAUAAUAAUGCUACAAUAGCGUGA